ACCCUCUCUGUUGGUUGUGUUGCUGGAUGCUGUCGGGAAGAAGAAUGGUCAGGAAGUCCCUGGUGGCCGGGCUGCUGGCGGUGCUUGUGAUGGCGGCGGGCCUGCUCCUGGGCCUGCUUCUGGGGAUGGGGAAGAGGGAGCGCACCGCUCCCAACAACCACUUCUACUCCAAGGCCGCCGUGGCAGCCGACGCUGGCACAUGCUCAGAAGUGGGGAGAGACAUCCUGAAAAGGAACGGCUCGGCGGUGGACGCGGCCAUCGCCUCCCUGCUCUGCGUGGGGCUCCUGAACGCCCACAGCAUGGGCAUCGGCGGGGGGCUGUUCUUCGUCAUACACAAUGCCUCCACCGGUAAAACCGAGACCAUCGACGCCAGAGAGACAGCGCCGAUGAAGGCCACUGAAGAUAUGUUCGGCAAUGACACCCAGCUCUCUCAUAAAGGCGGAUUGUCCAUCGCCAUUCCGGGGGAGAUCCGCGGCUACGAGAUGGCACACAAGAGGCAUGGCAGGCUGCCCUGGAGGGAGCUGUUCCAGCCCAGCAUAGCCCUGGCCCGCGACGGCUUCCCCGUCGGAAAGGCCCUGGCACACGCCAUCUUCAAGAGCAAAGAGUCCAUUCAGCAAGACGGCACCCUGUGCGACGUGUUUUGUGACUCUGAGAGAAACAUCCUGAAAGAAAACGACAUUCUUCGCUUCCCCAAACUGGCGGACACGUACGAGCGGAUCGCGGACGGGGGGGCCGACGUCUUCUACAGCGGCUCCCUGGCCCGCAGCAUCGUGGACGAUGUCCAGCAAGCAGGCGGCAUCAUCACGUUGGAGGACUUGUUGCAGUACCGGCCAGUGCUGAAUGAGAGUCCCCAGAAGCUCAACGUGGGGGACUACACCAUGCAGGUCCCAGACGCCCCCUCCAGCGGCCCCGUGCUGGCCCUCAUCCUCAACAUCCUAGAUGGGUAUAACUUCACGGGGAGGAGCGUCUCGACGGCGGAGAAGAAGACCCUGACCUACCACCGCAUCCUUGAAGCAUUUCGCUUCGCUUACGCCAAGAGGAGCAAACUGGGCGACCCGCGCUACCUGAACAUCACAGAUCUGAUCCACAACAUGACGUCGGACUACUUUGGCGAUGGCAUUAGGAGCCGGAUCACAGACGACACCACGCACCCUGACAGCUAUUACGACCCAGAGUACUUCGUCCCUGACAACCACGGGACGGCCCAUCUGUCCGUCAUCGCUGAGGACGGCAGUGCGGUGGCGGUCACUAGCACCAUUAACUUCUACUUUGGUUCAAAGGUCAUGUCCAAGACCACCGGGAUUAUCUUCAACGACGAGAUGGAUGACUUUGGCUCCCCGCACAUAACCAACGGCUUUGGUGUCCCCCCAUCACCAAGCAAUUUCAUCCAACCAGGCAAGAGGCCACUCUCCUCCAUGUGUCCAUCCAUCAUCUUCGAUAAAGACAACAAAGUUAAAAUGGUGGUUGGAGCUUCCGGGGGAACAAAGAUCACCACAGCCACUGCCUUAGUGAUCCUGAAUUCGCUAUUCUUCAACUACGACCUGAAGAGAGCCGUCACAGAACCCAGAGUCCACAACCAGCUCAACCCCAACAUAACGGUGGUGGAGCAGGGCUUCGAGGAGAGCGUCCUGGAGGGGCUGACCCUGAAGAACCACGUGACGGAGCUGCAGCCCGUCCCCGACUCGGUGGUGCAGGCGGUGGUGCGGCAGGGGGACCGCCUCUGUGCCGAGUCCGACCCCAGGAAGGGCGGCUACCCGGCGGGGUACUGA